CCCGGGCGUCAACGGGCGCCGGCGGCCGCGGAGCUGACAGGAGCCCGCGGCUAUCGGCCUCGGCAGCGGCGCUGUGGCGAGGGCGGCAGCGCUGAGCCGCGGCCGCUCCCGUCACCAAGGCGCUGCCUGGCACAGAAACACAGACAGAGACGGACUGACAGACACACGCAGCGCGGAGCGGCGCGGGCUCGGGGGCCGCCUUUGUAGCUCCUCUCCUCCCUGCACCAUGCUCCGCUCCAGGCAGCGCCCGCCCGCUGCUCCCUGAGGGCUGCCAGCCCCGCGCCCGGCUAAGCGGGCGACUGGCAUCCGGCUCCUUCCCCCGCCCCCAGUUACCUGAGUUAGCUCCGUCCCGGGCACUUCGGCAGCGCCUCCGCCCUCUCCCGCUGUGGCAGCCCUUGUGCAGCGGAGGAGUGAGCCGCCAGCAGCCGGAGAGACUGCAGCCGCCGCCGGGGGAGAGGAGCUCAAGCCCCCGCCCCCGGAGCUCUUCAUGGCGUCUCACCAGCAGACGAGGAUCCAAGCGUACCUGGAGAAGAAUAAGAUCGGUCCCCUCUUCGAGGAGUUGAUGACCAAGCUGAUAACGGAGACACCUGACCAGCCAAUCCCAUUUCUAAUUGAUCAUCUUCAGUCCAAGCAGGGAAACCGUGGUCAGCUUCAGAGAACAUUGUCUGGCUCUGCUGCCCUCUGGGCAGAGAGUGAAACAUCAGAAAAUAAAGGAACAAGAAGAGAUUUUAGAAAUUAUGAUAAGCCUUGGCAGGUAAAUGCAAAAAAGCCUAAAAAGUCAAAGAGCGACCUUGCUGUGUCCAACAUUUCUCCACCAUCACCGGAGUCCAAGUCAUUGCCAAGGUCAAUAGAGCAUCCUAAAUGGGAUUGGAAGACAAAACCGGAGAACCAUGAUUUUGAUGAACUAAAUCAUAUUCUUCAAGAGAGCAAAAAGCUUGGAAAAGCCCUUGAAAAUCUGUCUCGCAGCAUUGCUAUUUCUGAUGAACUCGAUAAGGACACAUCAGGUUUUAACACUCCCCUUCUCAGACCUCGUGUUAUUGGAGAAUGGAUUGGCCGUGAAGAGAAUGAUGCAGACCCUCUGGCUGCUGAGAUGCUGCAGCCACCAAUACCAAGGAAUAAAAAUGAGCAGUGGGACAGCGAGGAUAGCAGCAGUCCUGGAGGAAGCUUAAAAAUGGAGCCAAAGACCAAAGGAUUAAAACAUCAACAGCAGCAACAUAAGAAACUGCUGGCUGCCAUGCUUUCUCAGGACUCCUUUGAUUCUGCUCAAAGCACAGCUCCAUCUGUAACUGAAGAAGACAUUGACAAUGAAGAUGAUGCAAUGGAACUACUGGAGGAUCUUGAUGAUCUCAGAAUGGAAGGAGUAACAAGUGUGGUGUCUUCUGGGAGCAAAUUCAAUCAGACUCGAAGUGCUCAUCCGGCUGAGCCUCAAGCAAAGGUCACAUUGAAUAUAUGUGCAAGAUGUGCCAGAUUGCAAGGGGAUAAUUUGGCAGAAAGGCCAGAAGAUGUCUCCAUGGUAUCUCAGACAUCUGAGCCAGCAGUGUCAGACUCUGAUGCUCAAGUACCUGGGGUUGAAACGCUCACAGAAGAUAUUAAUGAGUUUCAGAGUGCUUCUCAAGUGACAGCAUCUUCUCAGACAGUUUGGACCUUGGAUGCUGUGAGUGUUAGACCUGGAGUUUCCCCAAGGCAGAAACUCCUAAAGGACUCCUUAGCAGCAAAAGAACUUCAGACCAUGGAAAAGCACCUAGCUGACAUUGAGAAGGACCUCGCACUGUGGGAAGAAGCAAGGCUCUCAAGAAGCCCUGGUGUCCAGCAUCCCAGUGUAGUUACCUCUGACCACCAAGGCACUCUUCAAGCUGCACAGGGCCCAACCCCAAGGCCUCAGGUGCCAACUCCGACAGGGAAGAACAUCCAGCUCCAAGGAGGCAAAUCGCCGCCGCUGCCAGCUAACAGCAGAACACAGGUCUCUGGUGUCACAAACAGCAGUGCACAAACCAAGAGGCCAUCAGCUCCAGGGAGCAGACCUAUGACCCCAAAUAGCUUGCUGUCACGGCCUCUUACCCCUAGCAACCAAGGAAAUAGGGAAGGCAUUAUUAGCAUGCAAAGAAGCAGAUCUUUGUCAUCUAAGAGCCAAAUGGGGAGGACCCUCAGUGCUGCUUCAGGGCUUUCUGUGCAAGUGAGUGGAGAUGUUGUUGGAACUGUCACUACUCAGAGAAACAGUUUAUCAGAAGUAAGAUUUUCGAUUUAAUGUUUUUGCUAUGUUUAAUAAUGCCAAGACUUGAUUGCAUUUUAUGUUCAAGUAACAUCAGUAUACCUAAUGUAACCUACUGUGCUGAAAAGAACUUGAAAUAGAAUGAUCAGAAAAUUAGCAAGGAAAUACUGCUCAGCUUUGAGAGGUACUCAUUACAGAAUGUCAGUAUUAUUACAGAAAUCAUACUUGAACACGUGUGUGCCCCAAAUUUACCAUGAGCUCGGUAGGGCUUUGCCUGUACAAUGCAUAGCAGUUUUAUUAGCAUUACGGUUUCUAACAGGUGCAUAUCUCUGGAAUAUUAAAAAAAACCUUUAUCUAAUCUUUAUAUUCCAUGAUAUUUUUUUCCUGCUGCACUGGCAGUGCAUGAUAUUUUCUUGAUCUACUUUAUAUCUCAUAUUUUUGGGCAAUUGGAAUGAUUAGUUAGGCAUCACUGAAAGGACAGGUUUUCCCAAAGCACCAAACUGAAUUGCAAGAGAAAAUGUCCAACAUUGUUGAAUCACUGUCUAAUACUAUAUGCAUGGUAACUAGGCUAAUUUACAGCAUCAAAAUUUCCUGUCACAUAUUAUUGGCUUUUACAGGACUAGUCUUUGUUUAAAACAAAACAAAAGAAAAAGUUAAAGUACCUUGUAAAUUCUGAGUAGGAUUCUCCUCUGCUAACCUUAGCUGCCUUAAAGAUAACUUCAUUGUGUGGGCAGUGGAAAUUAAAGCACAUGUGAAAGAAAACCCCUGCUGUCUAUCUCUAUACAUGCCUUACAAAGGUGAGUCUUUUCUCAGGAUAUGCCAGUCCUUCUGUACUGACUUGAGAAGGAACUGUGUGUCUAGACUGCUGAUUUUUUAGUGGUGGAAUAUGUUGGUUCCCACCAUUAUUACCAAUCUCUUUGUAAUCCAUUUGUCAAAACCUGGAGACCUUUUUUCCAAGACAGAAAAUAAUAUCAUACCUUUAGAUUGUUUCUGAGGAGUAUCAUCUGUUUUAAUAAUCUGUUGGGUGUGACACUUGAUACAAUGUGUUAUCAGUCUCAUGACUUCUUAAGGAAAUUUCAAAUGUUGUUUAUGAUAGUGUUGCUUAGGGUUGUUUUAGAAAAAUUAAAUACGUAGUAUAACUCUUCAAUUAACUAUACAACGUCCAUUAUUUGUUGUGAAGGAAAGGAAAUGAGGCACAGAUUAUUCUAGAAUUUGGGGAAGAAAUCUUACCUCAAUUUGGUGGUGAAAUAAAUACUCAUUAUUUUGGUGUUUGAAUGACAGUGCACUAAUCCCAUCACUUGAGUUGUUUCUUCACUUAGAAUUGAAUAUCCAGAUUAAAUACAUGAGGACUGAAGGUGACUAUAGUUCUUCUGAAAGUGUCUUCACUGCCAGUUGAUAUAUUUUCAAGCCACGUUUCCCAUUAAAAAAAAAAAGACACUUAAUUUUAACACUUUUUUUUUUACAAAAAAAUCACGUUGUGUCCUCUUUUGAAGUAUGGGAUGUGUUUGUGUGUUAGAAUUUCCACUUAUACCAGAAAAUAAGAAUUGAAAUUAAUUUUUAACUAAAAUAUGUUCAGAAGAAAUGAAGGGUUUUAUUGUCUCCAACUAAAUUCUUCACCCCUCUUUUUCUUCUUUUUUAGGCAGUCUUGUUCUUAACUGAUACGCAGUCAUGUGAUGCCAAGUAAAGUUGUUGUAUAUGCUCCUGAAACUAUGUGUAUGUAAGGUAUAAGAUAUCCAGUCUGCCCACCUCUUUUGAUCUUUCCUGUAAAAAGGCAGACAGUUAAAAAUGCUUUCUUCCAGAGCCUUUCUGUAGUUUUGGUAAUAAUAAGCAAGAGUCCCAUUUAAUUUGCCGUGUCUUGUUACUUCUGUUUGCUGAGAGCUCUCACAGUAAGUGUCCUGUUAUCCUUUUAAUAUAUGUAUAUAUUUGUCUCAAGAAUUUUAGGAAGUGAGCAAUAUUAUUGUGCUAUUUUCCAGUUAGAAUAGCAUGUCCAGAUUCAGCCAGCAAUCCACUGUAAAGCUGAUGUUAAACCUCAGCAUUUCUAUGCAGGAUCUUAUCCUCUGUUAAAAUCCCUUCUAGAAGUGACAAAUUCUUUUCUUUCUCUUUGCUUACUGGGUACAAUAGUACCUUGGCUGCUAGUGACCCAGCUCAGACCCUAUUUAUCCUUUCUGACAUGCACAAGUGGCCUUUGACAUAAUGGAAACUCAGCUUGGGACUAGCUCUGCUUCCAAAGGGAAGCUGCUGGUACGACACGUUCAUAGUGAUGACCGUCGUGUGCCAGGUUGUGAAGGCCCAUAGAUAUCAGAAAGUAGCUGGUGGAGAUCUGGCUAAUCUGCCACUCCCAGCCUCAUUUCUGAAGUGUUAUACUAGAAGCUUUCAAGCUGUCUUUUGCCCACUUAAGUUCCUGGUCACUUAGAGAAGUGGAUUUAGACAGAACAUACCCAGGAAAUAUGUCUGCUCUGUGACAUUUUUUGCCCUGUUAGACAUUUCCUCCCAUUUGUGGCCAUAUGAUUUCAUUUUCUUGUGUCACAGCUUGUCUCUGACCAUGGAGAUAUAUUUUUAAAAGGCAGAGGUGGUUUGGGGUAGGAGAACAAGCGUCCUGCCUGUCUUUGUACUAUUACAAAUCACAAACAUAUAAAACUCAAGGCUGAUACUGUAAUUUAUUUUGCAACUUUCAUUGUAGGUUUUGUAUCCUCUUCCUGUAUAAAACCAGUAAAAUAAAAGAGGGGAAAUUGCCUUUAUUCUUAUUAGCCUUAUGGUCUCAACUGGGAAUUUCUACUGGAUGUAAAUACACUAUGGUUAUAUUGCCAAUCCUAUGGAAGAUACUAUGAUGAGAUUUUUUGAAAAUAACUCUGCUUCCUUACUUUUAGGUGAUGUUAACGAAAUUAAUCAGUAGAAUGUUGAUAUAUAUUUGAUGAGAAUAAGUCAGUUGAAAAGAAUGUGACUACUGGGUGCCAGGAGCAUGUUUUACCCUAAGGAGCUUGAUAUACUUAUUUAUUUACUUGCUUAUUUGUUGAGAAUUUUAACAUAUCUCUCAAUGCCUUAUGUAUGCUUCCUAGAUUGUAAUGUGUUUCAAAGUAACAUAAGAAGUCUAAAUAGAAAAAUAUUACUAAUAAAUACAAUUCAAAGUUCUUAAUCUUUAGUAAAGUUCAUGCUGCAGCAUGGGUGGUUCAAUCUUGUUAUAGCACAAAUCUUAAAUAAUUUGGCAAGUACUUAACAUAUCAGCUGUUAAGAAUGUUUUGGGGUUUUUUAAUGCUCAAGACUUAUAAUGAUCUGAGAUUUUGUGGACAAGUUUCUGCCUCCUGGCACACAUAAUAUUACUAAGUUCUAACAGGUGUGUUUUAUUAUCAGCUCUGUUCAAGGCUGAAUUGAAUUAUAGCAAAGAAAUGCUACCUAGAGAAAUAGUUUUAUUAUCUCUAUAAAGGUAAUAAAUCAGGGUUCCAAAUCCUUUGGCAGAGAUACUUUUAUGCAUGUUCCUAAUCCUUUGGUGUUUUGUAUAAAUUGGCAAAGGAAUGUUGAACCUUGCUUAUCUCUUUAGGAUGGAUUCCAUUAAAGUGACACAAUUCUGUGAUACUUGUCAAUAGCUGUUGAGAUGAAAAUACCACUGAUUCCCUUGUUUGCCAUAUCAUUUUCUGAGCAGAAGAAAUUUUGCAAUCAUUUAAUUUUUUCAGAUAAAGUGGUAUUCAGCAAUCCUUAUUAGUCUGUCAUUGUUGAGAGCAGGAAACUUUGUCUUAUUUGAAUAUAGCCUUGAUUAAAAAAAAAUUUACUUCCAUUUACUGGAGUACAGAGCAUAAAUUGUGAUGAGGACUCUCUUUUUGGUCAGAUACUCUCAUUCUGUUCCACUGCCGGACUCAGGUCUUUGCUCUGUGUUUUUGGAAGAUUAAAAAGUGUGUGGAUCAGUGUGGGAGUCACACAUGCCUACUGCAAGAAUCCUGUUCCUUGAACCAAAACGUUCAGUGUUGUAGGCAGCAACCUUCUCCAGCACAGCACAUUGGAAAUGGCAAUACAUGAGUCAGGCCUGGAGCUCCUGCCUGAAUUUACUGCUGGCCCAUGGCAGCAGUCUUUGUGAAUUUUUAACACGUUACUGACAGAAUUAAUAAUUUACUCCCAGCGAGCUAGAUCUUGAUUGAGCAGCCUUCAGUCUCUCAAAACUGAUUUAAACAAGCCUGGAUUCUGUAUUUAAAUCAGAUAGCCUAAGAAUAAAAUUUAUGUUGCAAUACAAUUUAACUUUAAAUAUGUAGAUUCUCAUUUCAGCUGAUAUAACACAAAACAAGGUUAUUAUCCCCCUUUUUUUUUUCAAGAACUUAUAUAAAUCUGGCCAGUAAUUUUAUGAUAUCUGGCCAAGGUUAAAGUUUUCUUUUAUAGACUAAACUUGCAUGUUUGAACUGCCUUUGAAAAUAAAACUGUGCAUUCCAGUCUCAUCUCUCCCCGUGAAUAUUUCAAAGGAAUGUGUCAAAGUAUUUUAUAUGUCUGUGUGUAUACCUGUUCACAUGCAUAUGUGCAUGUCUGCAUGGAAAAAUAUUCUUAUAUGCAUACAUGUAUACAUUAUAUUAAAAAGUAGGCAAUUUUAAAACAUUUUCAAAGC